AUGGGGUGGACUUUACACAAAGAAUAUAUCAAUUUAUCUUUAUUAUUUGUCCCCACACAACCAGCUGGAACUAGCUAUUUUAUCUUCCAAAUGACGCUUACUCAUUCCAGUAUAUCCGGCCAGUACUUUUAUCAAGCUAAUGUUAAUAAACCCCUGUACAGUAUCCAUCGCAGUGAUUUAAGUACAACAAGAUUAUUGCCAAUGACUGAACUAGCUUCGAGCUACGCACAAUCCAGCAACUAUGUACGAAAAACGGGCCACACUUUGAAGAAGAAAAAGCAAGUUCCUCCCCCCAAAUAUUUGUGUGUUCCCGGUUCAUUGGCACUUUUGGAUAGGAUUUCAGUUAUUGAUAAAUCUAACUCAUUAUGCAGUGAAAUCAAAUGCUUAUUUCAAAACAAUGAUAUAGAUAUCGAAGUUGAAAAACUGCAAGCGCUCCAGAAUGAUCCCGACCCUAGCGUCGUCCAGUUAGAAAGUGAAUCUAAAGCCAAAUCUUUGAAAAUUGGAAAAUCUCGUCGUCUAUUAAGGAAAGAACUGAAACACGAAUGGUUAAAAGUUUCGGAUUGCCGUGUUUUCUGGUCUCACAUAUUGCUGGGUUCAAAUGAGAUUAUUCGAUGUUUAGAGAGUUCUGUGUGCAAUAAAAGUGAAAAUAGCCAGGAAACUCAAGGAAGGAGGAUAUCAUGCGUUUUCGUUGAUUUUGGUUGGCUGGCAUCACAUUAUGGUCACCAUUUGGCGAACUUGUGUACUCUGUUGGAUAUUAGAUUAGUGGCAAUCAAACCGACAGGAUCACUACCUGAGUUAGUUACAACUAAGUUCAAACCUGUAAAAAAGCUGGCAGUUUUGGGGUUUUGCCUAUCUAAUGAGAUUCCAUCAGAUCUCUCUGACAUUUGUAAACAAAUCGAGAUCAAGUUUCCUACACUUGGUGAUAACACUAGUAGCAUUGCAGCUCCAAUGGACAUCAAAAAACGCGAGACUUCAUAUAAAAUGGCUAUUAAUUGUUCAAAAGCCUCUUCAUUAGUCGAAAAAAAAGAAAGUUGGGAGGAUGUUCAAAUUAGUUCAAAAUUAUAUGAUUAUAGUUCACCACCCCAUAAAUUUACUAUCACUGAAUUUCAGUCAUACCUAUCUUCUCUCAUUCUUCAAUCAUUUGAAAGUGAAAUUGUUCAUGGUAUGCUUGAUAGUGACAAUCAAUCUAACUUUGAAUACAGUUAUGGCUUUUGUGCGUAUAAACCACCUGUGUUAAAACGGGUUGUCGCUCGAACAGAACGUAAAACUCGAAAGCGAAAAACGUUUGCAUCUGCCAAUUUUCAGCCAAAAACUCCAGUAGAAAAAAAGACAAACAAUGAUACAUGCGAUAAGGUGAAUGAUCAGCGUGAUAACAAUGAGAAGUAUUUGGAUGAAAUUGCCGUAAAGAAUUUCAUUCGAUACUUACAAUUUGUGACAGUUCAUCCCAAUCCAUGCUAUCGACCUGCUGUUGAGUGGCUUGUUAAAUUGGGUCAAGAAUUACAGCUCAUGUGCAAUGUCGUUGAAAUCGUCCCAGAUAAUCCUAUCGUCAUCAUGCGUUGGGAUGGAUAUCAACCGGAAUUAUCAGCAAUCAUGUUAAAUUCACAUAUGGACGUAGUACCAGUAGUCGAAGAAAAAUGGUCAUAUCCUCCAUUCAGUGGUACAAUUACACCUGAUGGUAAAAUAUACGGUCGAGGUACUCAGGAUAUGAAAUCAAUUGGUAUCCAACAGUUGGAGGCUAUUCGAAGAUUAAAAUCACGUGGAUGCAACCAGUUGCGUCGUACAGUUUACUUGACUUUUGUACCUGACGAGGAGUUAGGUGGUGUGAAAGGAAUGAAACCAUUUGUAUUGAAUCAUAAUGAAUGUAAUAAUCAUCAUUCCGAAGAAAUUAGAUUUCAAGAUAUGAAUAUUGGGCUUUGUUUAGAUGAAGGUAUACCAAGUUGUUCAGAGGAUUAUUUAGCAUUUUACGACGAACGUCGUCCAGUUUGGAUAAAUGUACAUUUUCAUGGUAAUGCUGGUCAUGGUCUGGCUUUAAUUGAAAAUACAGCCGCUGAAAAAUUCCGGAUAUUUUUAAAUAGUAUUUACAGUUUCCGCAAAGAAGAACAAUUAAGGUUAGAAAACUCUCUAGGAAAGCUAACAUUGGGGGAUAUAACAACAGUUAAUAUGACAAUGAUAAAUGGAGGUGUGCAACAUAAUGUUGUGCCUGAACAGCUGUCAGCAUCAUUUGACAUUAGAUUAACUCCGUCAUUGUCACUGGAUGACUUCAAAAGGAAAUUAGAUCAGUGGGCAUUAAUUGCUGGUGGACAGAUUGAAUUCGAAUUCAUCAAUACUGGAGUUGAUCUGAAACAAUCAGUUAUUACCCCAGAUGAAUCCACUAAUCCUUGGUGGGCUACUUUAAUUAGUGUCUGCUCAAAACACGGUAGUAAAGUUCAAAAGAGAAUAUUUCCUGGUGGUACAGAUGCCAGAUUUGUUCGAGAAUAUCAUUUACUUCCACAUGCUACUAAUAACAAACCAAUACAAGCAAUUGGAUUUUCGCCGAUCAAAAAUACCCCCGUUUUAUUGCAUGAUCAUGAUGAAUGGUUAGAUAAAACAGAAUUUUUGCGUGGAUGUCGAUUGUACUCUGAUCUUGUUCAAGCUCUCGCCGAAUUACCCUGA